AUGAUAGAGUCCAAUGAACUCGCCAAGAUCAUUCAAGAGGGAAUAACGAAAGGCCUAAUGCAGAAAGCUAAGGGGACAACAACUUUAAUCCCUAACACACCAUUCACUCCUAAGAUAUUAUCAUUCACCUUACCGGACAGAUUCAAAUACCCCCGUAUAAAAGAAUAUGAUGGAACUACUGACCCUAUCAACCAUCUCAAUAUCUAUACUGACAUCAUGAACCUGCGAGUUACCCCAGACCAGGUGAUGUGUAAGGCUUUUCCUCAAACAUUGACCAACGCUGUCAGGGGUUGGUUCUCAACCUUUGAGCCCAAUUCCAUAACCUCAUUCUCGGAUCUAGCCGACAAGUUCUCUGCCUUCUUCGUCAACAGUAAGCGUAUCCGAAAAACAGCAGCAUUCCUCAUGCAGCUUCGUCAAGAGCAGAAUGAGACACUUCGCAAUUUCAUGACAAGGUGUGAAGCGUUCAAGAUGUCUUUAUCAAAGACCCCUCUAACGUCAGUAAUCGACCUACUUACUCGAGCUGAGAAAUACAUCAACAUGGAAGAGACUAUAUUCCCAAGGAAAGAUGCAACACCGUCAACUAAGCUAGAGCAUAGAAGGCCGCAUGACUUAAUUUUCAUCAAGAUCGUCCUCAAGUCUAACAUUUUAAUGGAGAUCAAAGAUAUGAAAGAGCUCAAAUGGCCAUCAAGGAUGAAGUCCCUUCUUAAGUCCCGGGACAAGAACGAGUAUUGUGAGUUUCAUCGAGACCACGAGCACACGACUGAGGGUUGCUUUGCUCUAGAGUAA